UUUAUAAUUUUGUAGUAACAUAACAUAUGGACUGUUCGAUUUGCAGCGCAUUGCCGUACAUUCUGAGACCGCCGAGGAACACGAUUUGCGCAGCAUGCUACGAAGGUGCCCGGAGCAUCAUCACGCUCACCACAAACAAGCAAGAUACCAACACGGAUAAACCCACCACCACUACCCCCCUUGCUUCCACAAAUAAGGGAUUCGCCAACGCACUAAAAUGGGUGAAGGAGAUGAAAGAACUGGAAGAAGAGCUGCAAGAGAAGAUUGGGUAUCUAAGCAGCUUUGGGGAGGCAUUUCGGCACCAAAUGCAUGCCGAUAUUCAUGUCAAGCCUGGACUAGAUAGCGGACCGCCUCUUCCCGCACAUAGGGCAUUGCUGGCAACGCGAUCAGAGGUAUUCAAGAACAUUCUGGAGAGCGACGAAUGCAAGGGUCCGCCGGCAACAGGGAGAGAGACAAUAACAUUGGCGGAGAUGCGACAUGAGGAGGUGGAAGCGCUGCUGGAAUUCCUGUACAGUGGGAGCCUAAGUAAGGAACGGGCGGAGAAGCACGUGUACGCUUUGUCUGUGGCAGCCGACAAGUAUCAGAUACCAUUCUUGCACAAGUUCUGCGAGCAUCAUAUGUUGGCGAGCCUGAGCUCCCGAAAUGCGCUGGACAUUGUGGAGAUUGCAGACAGAUGCUCCAAUGAGUCGCUCAAGGACACUACGCUUAGCUUCAUUGUGAGGAACAUGGAAGACGUGGUGUUCUCCCCCAGGUUCGACGACUUUGCGCUCAAGAAUCCGCACCUCACCGUUCAGAUUACAAGGGCCUCAUUCAUGGACAUACGAUCCAAGUAGCGCACCAUGAAUUAAUUUCUCAAAUGAAUCAAUACAUUUGAGAAUGAAAUAUUGUAUAUUUGUCCAAAGGUGUUUUAAUUUAUUUAUUGGAGCUUCAUUUAGGGUUCAACUUCUAUAAAUAAAAUACUUACAUGAGCUAGCUAAG